AAGUUUAGUUUACUUCACAGGCACUCAUCCAAACCAAAAGCCAUGGCUUUGUCAACUCUGCUUCAAAUCAGAGCCCCUCCAACGUUCACAGCUCCACAAGUACAACUCCCUCCUCCGCAGUUCCAUCGCUCUCCACUCCUCUGGCAACCCAUCUUCCCGAACUCCAGUUCCGUCCCCAGAUUCUCCAGAAUGCUGCCGGUCUCCAGCUCCCUCUCUGUGGAGGGGGCUGUGUCCGAGGCGCUUAGCCUCUUUAAAUCGUCACCCGCCACCUGGAAGUCCGCCCUCUUCUGCAACAUCUUGAUCUUCAUCGCCGGGUCUCCGAUUCUAGUCACUGGGCUUUCCGCUUCCGGCAUCGGGGCUGCCUUCUUGCUGGGCACUCUCACUUGGCGCGCUUUUGGGCCCUCUGGGUUCCUCCUCGUUGCCACCUACUUCGUCUUGGGAACAGUGGCGACAAAAGUGAAAAUGGCACAGAAGGAAGCUCAGGGUGUGGCUGAGAAGAGGAAAGGUAGAAGAGGCCCCGGAAGUGUCAUUGGUUCCAGUGCUGCUGGCUGUUUAUGCGCUUUUCUUUCUAUAUUUGGAGUUGGAGGAGCGGCUUUCUCUCGUCUUUGGCAACUGGGAUUUGUCGCGAGCUUUUGUACCAAGUUGAGUGAUACGGUCUCCAGUGAGAUCGGGAAGGCCUAUGGCAAAACAACGUACUUGGUAACAACGUUUAAGGUUGUUCCACGGGGAACAGAGGGAGCAGUCAGCCUCGAGGGAACUGCUGCUGGACUAUUAGCAUCCAUUUUUUUGGCUAUUGCCAGUUACUUAUUGGGGGAGGUAAAUGCGCUUGAAGCAAUUAUAUGUGUAGUUGCUGCACAGAUAGCCAACCUUGGUGAGAGUAUCAUUGGUGCUGCACUCCAAGAUAAGGAAGGGUUUCGAUGGCUCAACAAUGAUGCUGUCAAUGUUAUCAACAUCACGAUGGGCAGCAUUUUGGCAGUCUUAAUGCAGCAAGCUAUCCUCCAGAAUUGGCAUCUGUGAUGUGAAACUUCUGGACUAGUCGAGGGGGCUGAAUGGGAGGACGGACCCAUUGCGCAUGCAAUAGACACGAGAUGGCAUGGAUGACGCUCUGCUUCUCUUCAGCAAGUUGUUUGCGAUACGUAAAAAAUUCAGCAGCACAGAUUAUCGAUUCCACUGUCAUCCUCGUGGCCAUGAUGCUCAUUCCGUGAAUGUGGAUAAAUAAUCAAUUGCAGAUGAUAUGUCCAUGGGUUAUCAUUGUCAUAUUCGUGACAGGAGGUGAAUAUAUUCUCCAUUUUCAGCAAAUUGGUGGGUCAUGGGUGUGAAUUUCUCUCACUUGACAAAUGAUGAUUACAGAACCUAUUCCCUCAUUCAGUAUCCCUGUUGUUUAUCC